AUGGAUCCUAGCGGCAGUCGUCAGGGCAGUCGUUCGCAGGAGGAAUUAUUUCUCGGUAGCUCCUCGGGGAGACCACCUGUCGAAUCGCCCGUUGUUGGACCGCUACGGAUCAGCAAAAGAGACACACCGUCACCCGCCCCGCAAAGUGCGCCUCUUCCUUACCCGGAUGACCGACUGCGGUCCCAGCAAAGGCACAGCCCAAGCCCGACGGCCGAGAGUGGGUGGCUGGGCGGCUCCUCCACGCCGGUGAACAACAUAACGGCGAUGCCGGCUGGCUCCGGCACACCAAAGCCCGAACAUCCGGCAGCGUUGCGACCGAGAGACGGCCGCGAGCCUAAGCAGGUAACCCUGGCUGAGCGACGCGGAAAUGCGCCGAAGCCGUUGCCAGAGUCCCCCGCAGGAGAUGCACCACCCGACAGAGAAGGAUUGUUCAGCAGGAGUUACCACCACCGGGCCCAAGUACCGCCUCCUCCCGUGAACGGAAACGUGAACGGGAAUCGGAGCGAUAGAGAGGCCUACCAAGAUUACCGACAGGCGUAUUGGCCGCCUCCUGAGCCGGAGGCUUUGCCCGGACACUCAAUCAGACCAUCACCGGCACAGAAUCUGCAACCUCCGAACAGCGCCAUAAAUCGAAUCAGUUCGACGGCGUCGACCUCGACGACGCGCGCCCAGAGAGGAUCGCCACCGCCGCCGGAAACACCUAUCUACGAGCCCGGACAACAACCGGUAUCCGACAUCGAAGCGCGAUAUGCAGCCUCCGGCAUCGCAGGUACGUCGACGCUGUCUGGGUUGCAGGCUCAGAGUGCUGCCGCUCAAAGCAGAGCAGAACAGUAUGCAGGCCAGCAACCCAGGACCCAACCACCAUUUCAGAGGCCAUGGACGCCUACAGAGCAGCCUGGGUCCCAGCCGCAUGGACCGCCAACCGUCUAUCAGGGUGCUGAGGUCGUCUCUACGGAGAAUCCUCCAGCCCACUCCUAUACGCCUCAGCCAGCUGCAACCCCCUCGCAGGCCCCCGCGGCCCAACAUCCCUCAAGAAUCCCCCCUAACGCUCUGGAGCAAGACCUGGAGCGGAUGCGCAUCAGUUCCUCCCCUCCUCCUGCCUACUCAAGUGUGUCCGGACCAGCCGUCGCCCAGGGGUACCCGAACGAAAAGCACCGUAACCGUGUACCUGCGCCGACCGGCCAGCCAGUCCCGUCCGCAGUACAUCCUGCAACGAUGACUCCCGGAGAGGUUCCAGCUCCUACUCCCGCCCCGCUCUCUUCGGCGCAGGAUCACCCUGCUUUUGCCAAUGAGCUGCGACAACAGCAGCCGCCCGGACAAUCACCCACAAACGAUAUUGCGCAGGAACCGCAGGGGGCACAGAAUGGUCAUCAAUCGGCGAUUCAGCAGACCCAAGUCAAUGCAUUGCCGACGCCUUCAGGAAUCCCACCAGCAUCACCGCCACCUCUUCCGGAGGGGUGGAUUGCCCACUUGGAUCCUAACUCGGGACAGUACUACUACAUCCAUCUUCCUACGCAAUCAACCCAGUGGGAAUUCCCCAAAGGUCCCACGCCACUGAACCUAAAUGAGACGCCGUUGUCCCCGACUGCAAGCGUUUACAGCAGUCAUCCUCUAACGUCGCCCGGCCUGUCGGCCUUUGGCAAGCCUCUGACAUCUCCUGGUCUCCCUAUGACCCCCGGAUACGAGAGCUUGCAAUCGCCCGUAGUGGCCGGGUUUACUGGUCCACCCCCAAGCAGCGGUGUCGAUUUGUAUAAGGUAGCUCCGACCAAUGGCGUAUAUUUUGGCCCAUACCUUCGCUAUACGAAUAUGGACGUGGAGCGUGGUGUUUGGCUCGGUUCGAUUUUGCUGGUCACCGAUGCAGGGCAGCCGCCAACAAUUCACAUGCACCAAAGUGUUGAUCUUUCUCCCAAUCCCCGGCAAUUGAAGCCACUUGCCAUUUCCGUCCAUCAGCGGUGGACCUUUUACAAGUAUGACGUUGACUGUCAGAUGGACGAUUCGGGCCCUGCUAAGUGGACCUACGCCAUUACCUCCCACCUGGGGUGUACCCGCUACGAGUUUCUGGUGGCGGGACGAUAUGAGACUAACUGGCGUUUGAUCACAACAUCUGGAAAUGACUUCUCGCUCAACGUAAAUGCAAAUGAGCGGUCCCGCCUGGGUGGAGCAGGUUUGAUGUGGAAAGACAUCAUGCAGAAACACAUUGAGAUUGGUGGUUUUCACACACAACUUUCCCUAGGAGGCCAGAUCUAUGCAGAUCGGAUGUGGAAGGAGAUACCAUCACUCAAACAGUGGCUUACAAUCAAGGGCAAGGAAGCCAGGAAAAAUGCGCCUUGGACUGCUGCCCACGAGGAAGAUGUUUCUCAUGCGUACUUCCAUUACUACACGAGCCACUUUGACCAGCCAUACCUGAGAGAAUCUUUCGCACAGAUUCCUUAUGUCUGCCAAAUCGAUGAUCACGACAUAUUUGAUGGGUUUGGGUCCUAUCCCGAGCACAUGCAAUUCUCAAAUAUGUUCAAGAAUAUAGGUCGAAUUGGAAUAGAAAUGUAUCUCCUCUUUCAACAUCAUACGACGUUGGAGCUGCUCCGCAAUGUCAGUACAGACACCGACUUGUUCACCAUAACCGGAACUGGCUGGCAUUUUGUCAAGUAUCUCGGGCCGGCAGUGGUCGUUGUCGGUCUCGAUUGUCGAUCAGAAAGAAACCCUCACCAGGUUGUGGCCGGACCCACGUACCAAGGCAUAUUUCCCAAGGUCGCAAUGCUACCACCAUCCGUACAACAUUGUCUGUGGAUGAUCUCGCUGCCUAUCGUCUAUCCCCGGUUGGAGACGGCCGAGCAUAUCGCCCAUACAGUUGCUACCGGCAAGCGGGCGGUUACGGGGGCCUAUAAUGUCCUUGGGAAGGUAACCAGUUCUGUGGCCGGUGUGGUCGGCGCAAAGGAUAUGGUCGGCUCGGGAUUCGAUUCGGUCAAGCGUGCCGUGGGGAAGUCCGGGCUCAUGGGGGGUAUUCUGAGCCCGUUUGGCGAAUUCGACAUGCUUGACGAGCUUCGAGAUCAGUGGACGCAUGAAUCCAAGGACCUUGAGCGGACCUACUUCAUCCGCACUCUACAGGGAAUUGCACAUCAGAAGGCCCUGCGCAUGACCUUCCUCUCCGGCGCGGUUAACGUCUGCGGCGCGGGUUUGGUGCACGACCCUGCGCAUCCCUCCGACCAUAAGACGAUGUAUCAAAUCAUCUCCUCGGCCGUGGUGAACAGCCCUCCCCCUUCGUACAUCAUCAAGCUCCUCCACGGCAGCAAUAAACCUCUCUACGUUCCUGCCAAUGGCCACCGCUCUACGCCUUCACAGCCUACCGAUACGAAGGAGGAUAUGAUGGAGAUAUUUCAAUCUGACGUGAACGGUCAAUCUCGGGAGCACCGGAAACUGAUGGGUCGUCGAAAUUACGCUGCCAUAGUGGCUUACGAUCCCGAUGCCGUCAACCCGACGUAUAACCAGCACGCAGUCAGACUUGGGGGCCGUAAGCUUAACCUUGCCGUCGAUUUUAUGAUUCAAGGCGAAGGCACGUACGGCACCGUAGUCAAGUACGGUCCGGUCAUUGUUCCCAACCUGGACCACGGCAAAUGA